AUGACUUUGGUCAUUGAUUUAUCAUGUAUAAUGAUCAUUUUUUAUAAAUACAAUUUUAUCAAGUUCAAACUACAAAUCAGGAUAGAAUCUCAAUCAGAACAAGUGAAAAGAGCCAGAUAUGAAAAAACCUGGAAAUUUGUUAUUGAAAAAAACGAAUUAACACCUGGCUUGAUGGAAAACCUACAUAUGUUCAAUCUGGGACAUAUAAAACAUUAUUACUUCUCAAAUAAAGCAAAAAGAAACUGCUAUGGUUGUGAUGCUCAACAAGAAACCUUAUUACAUCCAUUUAAAAGAUGCUCUUUCUCCAAUGAAUUAUCAAAUGGAAUAGGGUUUGGGAGAAUUUUAUGUUCACCUUUUAGUCUAAAAGGUCUUACCACUCCAGCUGAACAUACAACAAAUGUCAAGAUUAUGAGACGUAUGUCAAUUUACACUGAAGUUUUAAUUAAGAGUAGAGGUCUAAGAAGAAAUGGAUUGUCAUCUAGAGAGGCAAUUACAGCUACAAAAUUCCAAAUGAAGAUUGCAGAAAGAAAAUAUGGGUUUGGAAGUUAUGUUUAA